AGGAGGAUGGAGGAGGAAGUGGAGUACGCGGGGCAGCGCGAAGACUUCCUGAGUGAAGACGACCACUCGCCCACCGACGCAUCCGAGGACAGUGUGGAAGUCAAGGUCACGCCCAUCAAGACCCACUACCGCCACUCGUCGCCGCUCAGCCGGCCGCCCUCAGCCGCCCACCACCACCACCACCACUUACUACCUUCCUCGCCUUUCAAGGGCGCGACUAUCGCCGCCGCCGCCCAUCACCACCACCACCGCCCGCGCUCGCCGCCCACCCACAAGUUCUACCACAAUUUCCGCAAGCACGCCCACGCCGCCGCCGCCGUCGUCGCCGUCGACCCCUGCAAGGAGCGGAGGAGUCCCCCGGAGGAUUACGACUUCGGCAGCUCGCGAGGGGGGUCUCCGCCCCCCCUCCCCGCCUACUACGACGAGAUCAAGCACUCUCCGCAAGACUUCUCCACAACCACCGCCUCCACCACCGGCAGAGCUUCUCCAAGGGUGAUUAGUCCGCCCAUUCCAGCCAGCAACGCCCACGCCCGACCCGCCCCCAGUCCGCCCGCCAGCCCCCUGGAGCCUCCCACGGGCGCGGCGCCCUGGUCGCCUGGGACACGCGGCGCCGCCGCUGCUCGCAGUCGCAGGAAGCCCGCUGAGCCGAGAAGGUUGUGCCAUGAAGGGAACAACAAUCAUCACAACAACAACAACAACAACAAUAUCAGCAGCAACAACAACAAACGCUGCCACAGCCCCGACGCUCCCCAUCGCAAGUCCGCCAAAGUCGCCCGAACCGACGGCAGCAGCGGGGUCGGCGUCAGCGUCAGCGUCAGCGACGACAAAAGCGUCGGGUCGUCCCCUUCCCCAGGGGCGCCGCCCCUCCUCGCCCACCACCCACUCCUCGGGCCACUGGCUCGGCCGCCCAUGGGCGCGUUUCCACCCCUUCUCUUGCCGCCGGCAUGGCCGCCCGCCGUGGCAGCGCAGUGGGGUUAUCCUCGGGUGGUGACCCCACUUGGGUGGGCGGGGUUGACCCCAGGGCUGACCCCGCAUCCCUACCCAAUGUUGCUGCCCCACCACUACCCCCUGGGGCGACCUCUGAUCCACCCACACCUCCACCCGGCGUCGCCGCCCUCCCCGAAGUCCCCCCCUCCUCCCCCUCCUCCAAGACCGCCCUCCGAGGAACAGGUCAAGGAGGAACUGCCCAUACCCUUGGUGACGAAAGUGCCCCACCCCGAUCCCCCCCUUUCCUCCAGUAGUACCUCUUCCUCGACGACCCACCACCUCCAUCAUCAUCAUCAUCAUCACGCCCACCACCCACUCCACAGUCACCCACACCCGAUCACCCGCGAAGUGAGCGUGGUCAAGAAAAUCGGGAAAGCGCCGUCCAAGUUCCUUAGCGUUGAAUCUCUAAUAGCGUCGGAUAGCAGCAGCACCAGCAGUCCGUCGAGGUGCCCCCGUCCGUCGGAAACCGUCCGUUCUGCGACGUCGUCGGCGCCCAAGGCGUCGUCGGCGCCGGCGCCGGCGCCAGCUACUGAAGUCGACGACGAGCUGCUGCUGCAGACGUCGGCGGGAUUAGGAGGCGACGACGACGACACGAUCCACACACUGCUGCAGCCCAACAAGCAGAAGCAGCGGAACUACAAGAACAUGACUCGGGAGAGGCGGAUCGAGGCCAACGCCCGCGAGAGGAACCGGGUGCACACCAUCAGCGCCGCCUUUGAGAAGCUGAGGACGUCCGUACCUGCCUACAGCCACAACCAGAAGCUGUCGAAGCUGUCUGUGCUGAGGAUCGCCUGCUCCUACAUCCUGCUGCUGUCGAGGCUUGCGGGGCACGACUACAGCGAGGGCGGGACCGAACCCUCCCUGGGCGAGUGCGUCGAUCUCACCACCAGGACUAUACAGGUGGAGGGGAAGGCGAAGAAAAAGAGAGACGAAUAGUGAAUGAAGUGCUGCACGCACCGUCGUCAUUUUGAUAUGUGAUAUGCCAAGUGAAUAGAUUAUUUUUCUCACUCACUCUCUCUCUCUCCAGCCACAUUUCGUUGGUCUAGAAGGGGCCUCGAGAAACGGCCCUCCUCACACAUAGGGGACCUUGACUAACAAUAAUAAUAAUCAACAUUCGGUCCCCCUCUCAAAGUUCCUCCUUUUUUUUUUAAUUAAGGUGACCUGAUAUACUAUAUAUAUAUACUAUCCCGGUUAUCUUUCAGUGACAGUUUCCUAUUUUCCUGUACCUCUUAUGGGUGACGUCAAAAGACACGAAAGGUCUCUCAGUGCCGCCGUACGUAAUCCCACCGCGACUACUCGCAUAUUUAUUUAAGUGUUUUUAAAAAGGAAAGAAAAAAUAAAAUAAAUAAAAAGGCGUAUGUAUGUAUGUAUCCCACAAGGGCAUUUUUGAUACUGUGGUGUGAUGGUCAAAGUACGCGAGAGAAAAUGUUCGUAUUGACAGGUGGAGAAUUUGAACAGGAAAAAAAAUAAUUAAAGGCAUUUUUUUCUGUUGUUUUCGCAAAAAAUACAAACUCGUACAUCGAUGCCUGUCACCACGACGAAAGAAUUUAUAUAUUUUCUUUCCAGGCUUCAAGCCUUCAAGAAGGUAGUAGUGCUAAUGGCUGAAAUAAACGCCGUCCCCGACUUCGUAGUGCAACUUGGCUUCCAACAAACUCGGAAGAGAAUAGAAUAGAACAGAGGAGAGAAGGAAAGAAGAAGAAGAAGAAGAGACCAGUUCGCCUUGAAUCUUAAUAAUCUCCCCUGGUUGGCGCCAGCAAAACUGCUGUGUUGUUCACGUGAGAGUGCAGCAUGCAGCAAGCGGCGGAGGACCGUUUGCUGCAUGCAGUUGGAUGAUAUCACUCUGGCGUCAUUCAUUGCGGACCAGUCGCCGUCCUAUUAUUAUAAUAAUCGUCUACUGUUGCUGCAGUAAACGUUUCUGUUUGGUGUCUUUUUCUUUCUCUCUCUCUCUCUCUCGCCUUCGUCAGCUGUAGCUGCUGCUGCUGCCUAGCAGUGUGUGUGUAUAUCUAUAUAUGUAUAUAUAUAUAUAUAU